CGCGGCCCCGCCCCACUCCCCAUUCCCCAGCUCCGGCCGGGCUCGGCUGGCAGGACCGGAGCAAUCCGGGAAGCGGACCCGGCCCGGCCCGGCCCGGCCCGGCUCAGCUCUGUCCCGCCUGGCCCUCUGUGCUGGCAGGCCCCGUGCUGGCCCCGGGCAGUGGGCCGGUCACUCUGGAGGCUCCCGGGCCCUUGUUCCCUCCCUUUCCCCCCGGUCCAUGGUGCGAGGCUGGGAGCCGCCGCCCGGGCCGGACCGCGCCAUCUCAGAAGGCCACAAGUCAGAACUUACCAUGCCCCCAAACAAAGAGGCUAGCAGUUUUGCCAGCCCCCCUGCAGGGCUCAUCUGCCUCCCUCCUAUCUCAGAGGAGCUGCAGCUCGUAUGGACCCAGGCUGCCCAGACCAGUGAACUAGAUGGCAACGAGCACUUGUUACGGACUUUCAGUUACUUUCCCUACCCCAGCCUAGCAGACAUUGCGCUGCUCUGCCUUCGCUAUGGACUGCAGAUGGAGAAAGUAAAGACCUGGUUUAUGGCCCAGCGCCUCCGCUGCGGCAUCAGCUGGUCAUCAGAAGAGAUUGAGGAGACUAGGGCCCGGGUUGUCUACAACCGGGACCAACUCCACUUCAAAUCCCUUCUUUCUCUUACUCAUCAUGCAGGACGACCCCCUGAGGAUGUGCCACCCACCCCAGACUCGGCUGGCACUCACAUUGGCCCUCUGCCACUUAGUGAGCCCCCUCAGGUGAAACGGUUAAAGAUGGAGCCUGAAGAGUCCUCCUUACUGCCCUUGAGCCACCACAAGGCCAAGGAACCCCUGGUUGCACCUGGCAGUGGGGCCUUCCCCCAUCAACCUGGUUUCUGGCAGGAACUGCAAAGUGGUCUCUCCAAGGAGCUGAUAAGCAGAGGUUCUGACCAUCAGCCACACAGCCUGGGAACUACUGCCUGGGAUCACUCUACUGGCUUCCAUCUGUCACAAACUCGGGACAGGCCCUCCCCUAUUGCAUUACUUGCCAAUAGCUGCAGGCAGGAGCCAGCAUCUAUCCUGCCUCCUUCCUCUACCUCUUCUUCCUCUUUCCGAGUAAUGGCUAAUGGAGCCACUGCCUCCUCUAAACCCCUUCAGUCACUAGGAUGUGUUCCUCAGCCACCUUCCCCCAGUGAACAGGCACUACCUCCACAUUUAGAGCCAGCUUGGCCCCAGGGUCUAAGACACAGCCCGGGGCCAGGCAGAGCUGCUCCAGCAGAGUACUACUUUCCAGAUAUGCAGCGCCAACGUAAGACCAAGCGCAAGACCAAAGAGCAGCUGGCCAUUCUAAAGUCCUUCUUUUUACAGUGUCAGUGGGCUCGGCGUGAGGAUUACUGUAAACUGGAACAAAUCACUGGCCUACCUAGACCUGAGAUUAUCCAAUGGUUUGGUGACACCCGCUAUGCCCUCAAGCAUGGACAACUGAAAUGGUUUCGGGAUAACGCAGUGCCUGGUCCCCCCAGUUACCAGGAACCAGCUACCCCUACUCCACAGCCUCUAGCCCGGCCCUUGCAAGAAUGGGCUGAGAUGCCACCACCGCCUCUCCCUCCCCGUCCCCCAGACACAAGUCCCCUGGAACGGUACUGGAUGGUUCACCAACAGUUACGAGAAGAUGACCUCCCUCGACUGAGUCUAGAGUCAGGGUUGAGCACUCAGCAAGUGUUAGACUGGUUCUAUUCUCGUUCACCUGAGCCAGCAGAGGUGGUAGUUUGUCUGGAUGAAGAGGAUGAAGAAGAGGAAGACGACCUUCCAGAAGAGGAUGGGGGUGAGGAGGAAGAGGAGGAAGAAGAAGAGGAUGAAGUGAUCAUACAGGAUUGAAUGGGGAAUUGGGGAGGGGGUGUUGUUAUUAGAAGAUGAACCAACUUAGUGACUGUUUAAACAAACAAAAAAACCCUCAUUUUUCUUACCUGGUUGACAAAGAACUGAAAGGCUGUAUGUUUGGUGGGGGGAUGGUAGAGACAUAGACAGAAAGUGAGGGUCUUGGGGUGGGGGGGUGGGGGGCAGGAGACCAGAAAUACAGGUCGUCUGUCCUUUAUCAUUCCUUUUUUGAAGAGAGUGAGGAAUCUGACCCAAACUACCUUGGGUUGCCAUGGGAACCUAGAUCUCUGUCUCUCUCUUUCCCUUCCUUCCCCCCUUUCCUCCCCCCCCCCAGCUUGUGUUGCCCUUUUUUGUCCUAGUUUACUACAGUGACUGGAAUUAGGUCUCGAUUCUUAGAGGCCAUAAUGAGUCAUAUACAGACAAAUGAUGGAGGAAAGUAAAGAGGUCUGAUUGAAGUUCAGCAGAAACUUGUGUAUGGUUCAGUGCAUCUUGCCAUUUCUGCUACAUUUUCCUUAGUAUGAGGGUCAAAGCUGCCUCACUCUCUUCUAUGCGAGUACAUAUCUAAGGCAAGAGGUAGGGUAGAACCUUGGCCUGUCUCUAACUCACAUAUUUCCUUAUUCUUUCCACUUUAACUCAAACCUUAUGCUAUUAUCUACUUAUCCACACUCUGUCACCAGUAGCAAAUGCACUACUUCUAAUCCUAAGAUCCUGUUU